GCGGCGGCGGCGGCGGCGGCGGUGGCGGCGGCGGUAGCUGCGCCAGUGCCAGGGACACGGACAGCUCGGGCUACUGGGCUGCAGCCGGCGGACGGAACUAGGGCUAGCCCACAGCAGGCAGGUUAGCUCGGGUGCAACCAAUUUCCAGCCGCUUGAAGAGAAGCCUGACAGCGCCAGAGGUGGCUCAGAUAGAGACCUGGGAAGGCUGCCUUUGAAGAAAGAAUGGCGUUUAGCAAAGGAUUUCGAAUCUUUCAGAAACUGGAUCCUACACCAUUCAGUCUCAUAGUGGAAACAAGGCACAAGGAAGAAUGUCUUAUGUUUGAGUCUGGUGCUGUAGCAGUGCUCUCAUCUGCAGAAAAAGAGGCAAUCAAAGGCAUGUAUUCCAAAGUAAUGGAUGCAUAUGGACUCUUAGGUGUAUUGCGACUAAACCUUGGUGAUACAAUGGCGCAGUAUUUGAUUCUAGUCACAGGAUGCAUGUCUGUUGGAAAAAUCCAGGAAUCUGAAGUUUUUAGAGUUAUUUCCACUGAGUUUAUAUCUUUAAGAAUUGAUUCUUCAGAUGAAGAUCGCAUUUCAGAAGUUCGUAAAAUUUUGAAUUCAGGAAACUUUUAUUUUGCAUGGUCUGCAACUGGAUGUAGUUUGGAUUUGAGUCUUAAUGCCCAUCGAAGCAGUCAAGACCGCACAACUGAUGAUAGAUUUUUCUGGAAUCAGUCACUACACUUACAUCUCAAGCACUAUGGUGUGAAUUGUGAUGAUUGGUUAUUACGACUUAUGUGUGGAGGAGUUGAAAUUAGAACAAUUUAUGCUGCUCACAAACAAGCAAAAGCUUGCCUUAUUUCACGUCUAAGUUGUGAACGAGCCGGGACUAGAUUCAAUGUUCGGGGAACAAAUGAUGAUGGUCAUGUUGCUAAUUUUGUAGAAACAGAACAGGUUAUAUUUUUAGAUGAUGCUGUAUCUUCCUUCAUACAAAUCCGUGGAUCUGUACCAUUGUUUUGGGAGCAGCCUGGUCUGCAAGUGGGAUCUCAUCGUGUUCGAAUGUCAAGAGGAUUUGAAGCUAAUGCACCUGCUUUUGACAGGCACUUUAGAACACUUAAAAAUUUAUAUGGCAAACAAAUCAUUGUAAAUUUACUUGGGACUAAGGAAGGUGAAGAUAUGCUAAGUAAAGCUUUCCAGAGCCACUUGAAAGCUUCUGAACAUGCUAUUGAUGUCCAGAUGAUCAAUUUUGACUAUCAUCAGAUGGUUAAAGGAGGAAAAGUGGAGAAAUUACAUAGUGUGCUUAAACCUCAAGUCCAAAAAUUCUUAGACUCUGGGUUUUUUUAUUUCAAUGGAACUGAAGUUCAAAGAUCUCAGACUGGAACUAUUCGAACAAAUUGCUUGGAUUGUCUAGAUAGGACAAAUAGUGUGCAAGCUUUUUUUGGCUUAGAGAUGCUAGCUAAACAACUGGAAGCUUUGGGCUUAGCUGAAAAGCCUCAGCUGGUGACUCGUUUUCAGGAAGUUUUUCGAUCAAUGUGGUCUGUGAAUGGAGAUUCAAUUAGCAAAAUUUAUGCAGGCACUGGAGCUUUGGAAGGCAAGGCUAAGUCUGGAAAGUUAAAAGAUGGUGCUCGUUCUGUAACCAGAACAAUUCAGAACAACUUCUUUGAUAGCUCCAAGCAAGAAGCCAUUGACAUUUUGCUGUUGGGGAGUACUUUAAAUAGUGAUUUGGCAGAUAAAGCCCGAGCACUACUAACUACUGGAGGUUUACGAGUUUCUGAGCAGACAUUGCAGUCAGCUUCUUCAAAGGUACUAAAGAGUAUGUGUGAGAAUUUCUAUAAAUAUUCAAAGCCAAAAAAAAUUCGAGUAUGUAUUGGAACAUGGAACGUGAAUGGUGGAAAACAAUUUCGAAGCAUUGCAUUUAAGAAUCAAACACUUACUGAUUGGCUACUAGAUGCCCCCAAAUUUGCUGGUGUCCAAGAAUUUCAAGAUCGAAGAAAUAAGCCUACCGACAUAUUUGCAAUUGGUUUUGAAGAAAUGGUAGAAUUAAGUGCUGGAAACAUUGUGAGUACCAGUACAACUAAUCAGAAAUUGUGGGCUGUUGAACUGCAGAAGACUAUCUCCAGAGAUAAAAAAUAUGUGUUGCUGGCUUCUGAGCAAUUAGUUGGUGUCUGUCUCUUCGUUUUUAUCAGACCCCAGCAUGCUCCUUUUAUCAGGGAUGUUGGAGUUGAUACUGUGAAGACUGGAAUGGGAGGUGCUACUGGAAAUAAAGGAGCAGUUGCAAUACGGAUGUUAUUCCACACAACAAGCCUUUGCUUUGUCUGCAGUCACUUUGCUGCAGGGCAGUCUCAAGUCAAAGAAAGGAAUGAUGAUUUUGUAGAAAUAGCCCGAAAACUGAGUUUUCCUAUGGGGAGAAUGUUGUUUUCACAUGACUAUAUAUUUUGGUGUGGUGAUUUUAAUUAUCGUAUAGAUCUACCAAAUGAAGAAGUUAAAGAACUAAUAAGGCAACAGAACUGGGAUUCACUUAUAGCAGGAGAUCAACUUAUCAAUCAGAAAAAUUCUGGACAGAUCUUUAGAGGAUUUUUAGAAGGAAAAAUAACUUUUGCUCCUACAUACAAGUAUGAUUUGUUUUCUGAUGACUACGAUACCAGCGAAAAAUGUCGUACCCCGGCCUGGACAGAUCGUAUUCUUUGGAGAAGAAGGAAAUGGCCUUUUGAUAGAUCAGCUGAAGAUUUGGAUCUUCUGAAUGCUAGUUUUCAAGAUGAAAGCAAAGUCCUUUACACUUGGAAUCCUGGUACUUUGCUGCACUAUGGAAGAGCUGAGCUGAAGACUUCUGAUCACAGACCUGUUGUUGCACUAAUUGAUAUAGACAUAUUUGAAGUGGAUGCUGAAGCACGACAGAAUAUUUAUAAGGAAGUCAUUGCAACCCAAGGACCAUCAGAUGGCACAGUAUUGGUCUCCAUCAAAAGCUCAUUACCAGAAAAUAAUUUUUUUGAUGAUAUCUUGAUUGAUGAGCUUCUCCAGCAAUUUGCAAACUAUGGUGAAGUUAUCCUCAUAAGGUUUGUAGAAGACAAAAUGUGGGUAACAUUUUUGGAAGGGAGUUCUGCUCUGAGUGUCCUGAGCCUCAAUGGUAAAGAGGUUUUAGAUCGAAUCAUAACUAUUACCUUAAAAAACCCAAACUGGAUUGCUGACUUGGAAAAAGAAAUGAAUUUGGAGAAAAUUAGCAUUACAUUGCCAACAUCAGCAAGCUCAACUUUGCUUGGUGAAGAUGCAGAAGUUGCUGAAGAUUUUGUCAUGGAAGGUGAUGUUGAUGACUAUAGUACAGAAGUGGAAGAAAUUCUUCCGCAGCAUCUACAACCAACUUCAAGCUCUGGUCUUGGAACCUCCCCAAGCUGUUCUCCUCGAUCCAGCCCCUGCCAGUCCCCUACGAUAGCUGAUGCUCCUCCACCUCCCCUUCCUGCCAGACCAAGCCGAGGUCCAUCAAAAGUUUCUGGGCCUCCUGGGCCUCCUGUUCUUCCUGUUUCUUCUGUUUCUUCACAAAGCUCUCCUAUUGAGACUCAACCAGUAAUAGCACAGAAAGAGGCUAUCCAAAGCCUGGAGCCUAAACGCCCUCCGCCUCCUCGUCCAGUUGCCCCACCUACACGUCCAGUUCCACCACAAAGACCUCCCCCUCCUUCAGGGAGUAGGAGUCCUGCACCUUCUAGAAAGGAAUUUGGAGGUCUUGGAGGUCCUCCCAGCCCUGGGGUAGCUAGGCAAGAGAUGGAAGCACCCAAAAGCCCUGGAACAACACGAAAAGAUGUUUUAGGACGUAAUCAGCCCUCACCUCAAGGAGGACCAACAAGCCCAGGAAUUGUUGGGUACAAUGCAGCAAAGCCGAUUAUCCCACCACGUGCUGGAGUAAUUAGUGCACCACAAAGCCUUGCCCGUGUUUCUGCUGGGAAGCUCACUGCUGAAAUCCAAAGUAAAGCAACUGAAUUACCAAAAGGUUCAGCUUUACUCCCCGAACCACUAAAGCCUCAGACUGUCACUCCUGCCCUGCCCUCCUUUACUCUACCUGUUCAAAAGCUUCAGGAGCCUCUUAUUCCUAUAACAUCAACUAUGCCUCAACCCACUUCUCAACAAAAUCUUGAAGCACCACCACAGCCACCGCCACGUAGCAGAUCAUCCCAUAGUUUGACCCCUGAAUCUGCUUUGCAUCAACAACAACACCCCUGAGGAAACAUUUCAUGAAGAUCAUAAUGUAUUGCAACUCUUCCCUCCUGCCCAGUGUUUCCAUCCAGGACCUAUCCAAAUUGCUGAGUUGUCUGUCAAGAAGUACACCCCCUUUUCAACACAACUUAUAUAGGAUGUCUUAUAACCAAAGGAGCCUUGAGAUUUUAACCAAUCAAUAAAGCAAAUGGGAUUCUGUCACCUAAUUUGGAAUUUGAUAAAACUACAUGUUUUUAAAGAAUAAUAUUAGAUUAUGGUGCUGCAUAAAUGUCCAUCCAGGCCACUAUUUUAUAAUUAUAAUGAGGGGCUGUAUAGUAUGCCUUUAGCAUAUGGUUCUGUCAGCCCCUAAGGAUCCAAGGCCUGGGUAGAACAAAUAGGGCCCACUAUUCAUUCAGUCUUAGCUUUAGACAUCAAGUUUAAACCCCCUCAUUGGAAGGAUGAAGAAAUUGCAACUUAAGAGAGCUGAAGUGAUCUGUAAUGAUGUAAGAAUUCAGACUUUGACAUAAAUAAAAUUUAAAAGAGCAGUGGAGUUGGGAGGGAAGAUAAGUUCAGUUUGAGACAUUUUGGAUGGAUGCCUUUAAACAUCCAGAUUGAAAUAUCUUCUAGACAGUGUAGAAUUGAAACUCCAGAAAGAGGCUAGGUCUGGAUAAAUAGACCAGUGAUAUAAUAAAUCUAUAGGAACUAAGGUGAUCUCUAAGAGAGAAUGUGGAUAGAAAGAGAGAAACACCUAGGACAAAGUCUUGGGUAACACUUCUCACAAGUUGAAAGUAGGAUCUAGAUAAUGAAUUAGCAGGAGACUAAGGAGCAAUUGAUUGGAUAUCUUCAAUUAUCUUCCUUUUACUCUAAUAAGGAAGAAAAAUGUAUAAUAUAUUUUAGAAUGAUUUCUUUUCAAAACUAUGGAAAUAAAAAUAUUUAAAGAGAUAGGGUUCAGUCAUCCAGAACAUUUACUCAGAAUGCCAUAAAUUUUGGCAGUUAUGGACAUGAUAUUGGCCUUAUCUCUUGAAAGAAUUUUUUUUAGAAACAUGUAUGAGUCAAUUUGUUAUUAAUAAUAAUUACUAAUAUCAAAUAGUAUUUUAAGGUUUUCAGGGCACUUCACAUCUAUUAGCUCAUUUGAUUCUCAAAACAACUGUGAAGUAAGAGCUAUUAUUAUCCCCAUUUUACAGAUAAAGAAACUGAAGCACAAUGAUCAAAUGAUUUAGCCAUUUGAUCAUAUAGCUAGUGUCUAAGGCAGGAUUCACAAUCAGGUCUCCUUGACUCAAGGACAUUCUAUCCAUUUGUAUUUUCUUCACUUAUAUUACAUUCCUUAUCUUCCUAUUGAUAGAGUUCACCCAACAGACAAACAAGUUUAUAAACAAACCCAAAAUGAGGUAUCCUCUCUGAAAACAACAAAACUCAGUUCUUAAGUUGACAAACUAUUCUUUGAUCACCUCCUAUGACAUAUGAAUUUAUAUAGAAUUAUAUAGAAAUAUGUUUAUUUCUGUUGGAGGAGUACCUUUGCAGAAUUUUCAUGAUUGAUAUUUUGAGAAUUAAAUAAAAUGUAAUUAAAGGAAUGAACAUUUUCUCUCCUCACUUUUCUCAACAAAAGGUGGAGGAGAAAAUAUUGUUGAAAAGACUGCCCUUCAAUAUCAGUUUUCUUGUAAAGUUUUUAAUCAUCCCUUUUUCUGCCACUGCCCAACCAGACCCCAUUCAUGUGGUUAUACAGUAAAUAAUCUGAAUUGUGACAAUUGUUUCUGUAAUGUAUUUCUGUUUAGGGCAGCGAAUCCUAGGAAAAUAUUUUGAGCUUUGUUUGUAAACUUUUCUGUGUUAACUAGCCAAAUUAAAAAACAUCAUCCCUUGAGAAGUUCACUUCCCCAGUAUAAUCAUGUAGGUUUUUAUGUAACCUGGUUUCUCUGUUAAAAUAAAAUAAUUAUAGAUUGCAGGGAGAGGGGAAGGCCUAUGGGCUCUUAAGGCUUGCUCCUCUUCAGUUUUUAAGAUCAUCUAGAAUAUCAUAUCUUUUAGCAAUGACUUUGAAUUAACCAUAUCCAGAGCACCAAAAAUUAUUAAAAUUCCUAAACAUCAUGUUACUAUUAAAGUGGAUUUCUCAUAUAGUCCUCAUAUAGUCUUUUUUUAAGUAAUAGUUUUUUUUUUAAUUUUCAAAAUACAUGCAAAGAUAGUUUUCAACAUUCACCCUUGCAAAACCCUGUGUAAAAAGUUUUUCUUUUCCCCACCCUUCUUAGCUAGACUGCAAGCAAUCCAAUAUAUGUUAAAUAUGUACAAUUCUUUACACAUAUUUCCACAUUUAUCAUGCUGCACAAGAAAAAUCAGCUCAAAAAGGAAAAUAAUGAGAAACAGGAAAAAAAAAAGUAAGCAAACAACAAAAAUGGUGAAAAUACUAUGUUGUGAUCCACAUUCAGUCUCCAUAGACCUCCCUCUAGAUGCAGAUGGCUCUCUUCAUCACAAGUCCAUUGGAAUUGGCCUGAAUCACUUCAUUGUUGAAAAGAGCCAUGUCCAUUAGAAUUGAUCACUAUCUUCCUUAUAAUGGGUAUCCAUUUCCUUAACACUACAAAAAAACUAUAAACGUUUUUGCACAUGUAGGUUCUUUUGGCUUUUUUAUGAUCUCUUUGGGAUACAGACCCAGUAGAGACACUGCUGGAUCAAAGGGCAUGCACAGAUUGAUAACCCUUUGGGCAUAGUUCCAAUUUGCUUUCCAGAAUGGUUGAAUCAGUUCACAGUUCUACCAGCAAUGCAUUAAUGACCUAGUUUUCCCUCAUCCCCUCCAUCAUUAUCUUUUCCUGUCAUCUUAGCCAAUCUGAGAAUUGUGAAGUGGUACCUCAGGUUUGUCUUAAUUUGCAAUUCUCUAAUCAAUAGUAAUUUAGAGCAUUUUUUCAUAUGACUAGAACUUUCAUAUAAUCUUAACAGUUUGUAUAAAAAUUUUAGAGUUAUCUCUUGAACCUGUUAUUGCACAUAACCUGUGAAUAUUGCUAUUCUUUCAUUUAUUAUGUGGUAUGCUGUAGUAUUGAAAACAGUGUUAAAGACUGAAUUGUUAGGGCUGUUCUGAUUUUCCUCCUAACUCUUUCCUUUGAUGUUUGUCUCCUUUCUUAAAGCAGGAGCAAUCGUCAGGGUAACAGGUA